AUGGGCCCUUCGUCGUUCGUCGCCAUUACAGAAUCAUUCCGAAUACAACAGUCGAACGUUGUUUGUUCGGGUAUCGCAAUAAGUUCUGAAGUUGCCAAUUCGGUGCCCGUUUUUCGCAAAGAAGGCUUUAUCGAAGAAUCAUCGUUUUUGGUCGACGUUUCUUUAUGUGGAUACGAAAUCUGUAAGCAAAUCGAAUUUGGAGAACGUUACUACCCUCAACCUGCAGACCACGGGCAUCUUCGAAUUCUGAUGCACGAAGAACAAACCAACAACCAACAAACAAUCAUGAACAUGAUGCUGCAAUUGUAGCAGCAGCUGCAGGAGCAGCGAGAGCGAGAGCGCCAGGAACAAGAAAGGCAGCAGCAGGUCCUGCACCACCAAAUUACCGUCCUGCACCAGCAGCUCCAACAAAGGGUGGAACCACCGGCAAUAGCCUCCUCCAGCAACAAUGGAAAGGAACAGGAGGAGGAGGAAAAGGCGCCACGUAAAAGAGGAACGGCUGCAGGCACUAGGAGGAAAUCCUACCGCGGGAGAUGGCCGAGGUAAGGAGGAAGAGGCGGCAGAGGCGGCAGGGG